AUGGGUUCUGGGCCUGGCCAACAACCAUCGAUUUCCCCCUCCGGGUGCAACUCGAGCCCUCCGCAGUCAUACUUGAUCAUUGGUGCUGGCUGCUUUGGAGCCGCAACCGCACUGCAGCUUGCUCGCUCUGAUCCUUCGUUAGCUUCUAAUAUCACCCUGCUGGACCGUACUCCAUUCCCUUGCCCGUCAGCAGCUGCCCAUGACCUGAACAAGAUCAUUCGCGCAGAAUAUACGGACCCGUUCUAUAUGCGCCUCGCAUUAGAAGCCAUGGACUUGUGGAAAUCCGAUCCUAUAUUUAGCCCUUAUUUUCACCGGGUGGGCAUGCUAUUACCCACAACGCUGGAGAAUGCUAGUGAGAUUGCAAAGAAUUAUACCAGCAUUACUUCUCAGCCCGCUCCCAUCGAGUUAAUCGAACCAGCUACCGCCAAGGAACGGUUCGGUGGCAUUUUCCGAAAUGCAUGUCUGGACAAGGUGGAAACUUGUCUGUUCAGCCCAGAGGCAGGAUGGGGUGAUGCAAAGAACGCAUUGCAAAAUGUCAUCAAGUCCGCUAUUGCGCUGGGUGUGAAAUAUGUCCCCCACGCUGUUGAUAAGCUAUUGUUUGACGAGACUGGGCACAGCUGUCUUGGUGCACGAACAAUUACAGGGCUCGAUUUACGUGCACAGCAUGUCAUUCUAUGCACCGGAGCGAAUACUGCCUGGUUGAUAGCCAAUAGCGCUCCGGAUAAACCGACGUUACAAGUCGGAGGCAGGAUGGUGGCUGCUGCUGCAAUCAUGGGUGCUUACCGUGUUCCUACGGAACAGAUGGGAAAGUUUGAUUUUGCGCCGAUUGUGGUGAACCCUGUUGGGGUUACCCCUGGAGAAAGCAUACCCCCCGGAAAAACUGGGUUGCUGAAAUGCACUCAUGAACUAAGUUUCACCAAUAUGCUUUACCAUAACGAUUCACAUCGGCGCAUUUCUGCUCCGCCAGAGGAUCCGAUCUCCAGCACCUGGACUUUGGAUGUCCCAGCCCAGCUGAAAAACGAGGUCAAGUACGUCAAGGAUAUGCUUUAUGGCGAGCAUAUUGGUGGCCUUGUUCCUGAAUUCUACCGCAUGUGUUGGUAUGACUGCCAGUUCUAUCACAUGCGGAGUAAUCGACUAACCGUAGGCAGGGAUGCUGUAACUCCAAAUCAAGAUUUUAUUAUAUGCGCCCAUCCUCAUUCUCAGAAUCUUUAUAUUGCGAGUGGAGGAUCAUUCCAUGCAUGGAAAUUUAUGCCUAGUAUUGGGGGCUACGUGGAGAAGAUGAUCAAAGGGAAGCUGGACCCAGAUAUGGCUAAACGGUGGGCCUGGGAUCGGGCAAAUAUUGGAGGUGCAUGUGCUGUGUAUUUGCCUUCAAGAGACCUUGAAGGAGUAGUUUAG